AUGGGAGGCACUAGGCAUUGUUAUGGAUUAGGUUACGAAAUGUUCAAUUUCGUUUGGUCUAGUUCGGUUCGUUUCGUUUGGUCUAGUUCGGAAACCCUAUUCAAGAUUGUGAUCAUCACGAGAAGCUUGUGCAUCCUUGGAAAGGUACACACACUUUUAACUUUUAAGGUUCUUACUUUUCUUCUUAAGAUUGAAUUGCAAUGUGUGUUUAGUGAUUGUGUAUACGUGGCUGAAACAGGCAUUGUUGUUAAUAUUCCAACUACAAAGGCACAAGAUGGUCGACCCGCGGGUGAGAGUGGAUCGAAGCUAAGGGAUGAGUAUAUUCUCAGAGGAUUAAACAAUGGUCUUUUGUUUGACAAGGCUUAUAGAGUAGAUGGUCAUGGAAAGAAGGACUGGAUGAAAAAAGACGGUCCCAAGUUAGGUCUUUACGGGUGGAUAGCUGGUGCUGAUGAUUAUAACGACCGUGAACUCAAAACUAUAGCUGAGCUUACGAAAGAAGAGGCGAGGAAACAGCAAAUGCUUGUGAAGAAUCUGAGACAAGUUGUAGAAGAGAAGAUAAAAGACGUGAAGGAGAUUGAGGAGCUUUUUGAUGACCAUGAGAGAUUGACGAAGCUGUUGGAGUCAGAGAAGAAGAAACUCGAAAUCAAAGGUAAUGAGUUGGCAAAGCCCCAAGUGCACAAUGGAACCGAGAGAAUGAAAUUGUCUGAAGAUCUUGAACAGAGGCAAAAGGAGGAGCUUCAUGAGAAAAUCAUAAGACUAGAAAGACAGAUAGAUCAGGUACAAGCGAUUGAGCUAGAGGUUGAGCAGUUGAAAGGACAGCUCAAUGUGAUGAAGCACAUGGCAUCAGAUGGCGAUGCUCAAGUUGUGAAAGAGGUGGACAUCAUCUUCAAAGACUUAGUUGAGAAGGAAGCAGAACUCGCAGACCUCAAUAAAUUUAACCAAACUCUUAUCCUUAGAGAGCGCAGGACCAAUGAUGAGCUUCAAGAAGCUCGUAAAGAAUUGGUAAAUUGUAUGGGAGAGCUCGUAAGGAAACCAUUCGUGGAUGCAAUGCAGCAGAAGUAUUGUCAGGAAGAUGUGGAGGACCGAGCAGUUGAAGUUCUCCAACUUUGGGAACACUAUAUCAACGAUCCAGAUUGGCAUCCAUACAAGCGGGUCAAGCUCGAAAAUCAAGAUAGAGAAGUGGAAGUGAUAGAUGAUAGAGACGAAAAGCUGAGGGAGCUAAAGGCAGAUUUGGGAGAUGGUCCUUACAAUGCGGUCACGAAAGCUUUGUUGGAGAUAAACGAGUAUAACCCGAGUGGAAGGUACAUUACAACAGAGCUAUGGAACUUCAAAGAAGAUAAGAGGGCUACACUUGAAGAAGGUGUCACUUGUUUACUUGAUCAAUGGGAAAAAGCGAAACGUAAGCGCGGAAUGGCGUAA